CUUCUGUGUCUCUGCCAGUUGCAGGUCAGUAAAAGGAGAGCUGGAGCAUCAAUAACUCCUCAGAGCUGCUCAGCGACUGACUGAUUCUCUCUUCUACCAGUCUUUGAACAUGUCUGGCAGUAUGAAGUGGCUCUUCACAGCGCUGCUCUUAGGAAUUGUUUGUGAGUCCAUUGUUUCCACCAUUAGUAGGCUGCGUUGGUGCACUACCAAUGAUCUUCAACAAAGUAAGUGCAACAACUGGACAUCUGUCGACUGCGUCCAAACUGUUUCCAUAGAAGACUGCAUCCGGAAAAUUCAGCUGGAAGAAGCUGACGCUGUUGUUCUUCACCAUCCGCUACUGAUUGCUGCAGGGAAGUGUGGCCUAGUGCCAGUUAUGACUGAAUAUUAUGACACAGAAAACCUUGAACCCUGCCAUGAUCCAACAGCCCUUACAGAACCAUAUGUGUAUAUAGUAGCUGUUGUGAAGAAUAAGGCUUUGACCUGGGAUGGCCUGAAGGGCAAGAAGUCAUGUCACACUGCCCUGCACCGAACUGGUUGGAUGAUCCCAAUGGGCCUGCUGAUUGCACAGGGAAAAAUUGAAAACUGCAGCAUUUAUAACUCAACGUAUUUCAGUGAAAGCUGUGUCCCAGGGGGAGAUCCUAACUCCAAACUGUGCUCACUGUGUGCUGGACAGGACAGUUCAACCGACCCAGGAAGAGACAAGUGUGCCUUCGGCCAAAAUGAGCGGUACUUCGGUUACAGUGGUGCCUUUAGAUGCCUGACUGAGAAGGGUGAUGUCACUUUCAUCAAAGAUACAACCGUCUUUGAGAACACUGAUGGUCACUUGCAGGAGGAUUGGGCUACCAAUCUCAGGUCCAGCGAUUACAGGCUUCUGUGCCUAGAUGGCACUCAGGCUGCUGUGACGGAUUACAAGACAUGUCACUUGGCACAAGUACCCGCUCGAACUGUUGUAUCCAGAGCAGAUAUGAGGGAUCAAGUCUUGACUUUUUUAAAAGAGGAACAAAAGAAAUACGGACGCAAUGGGACAGAGAAAGAGAGGUUCUCACUGUUCAGUACGGACAAGUCAAACUCCUGGAGCCUUCUGUUUGCAUACAGCACUCAGUGUCUGGUUGAAGUGCUCACCACGAAUUACAGAGAAUACUUGGGUGAAGGAUAUAUCAGAGCAAUGGAAGGCCUGCACAGCUGCGUCCCUCCAGAUGGUCCUGAAGCCUUUUGUUCUCACCUGCAACAAGCCCCACAAUGAAACAUCCUCAGUUUCCGUAUUAGACACCCACUGAUUCCUGAGAGAACCUUCUCCAUUCUCAGCACACCAAUAUUCACCUAUCUCUGCCUGAAUUGCUUGUAUAGUCUGAAAGUCCAUUGACAUGUUAUAGCAUGAAUCUCGUUCUGUCUUUGUAAUAAUAAAUAAACUACAUUAGUGAUCUCA